AUGUCUCUCAAAACCCCAGAGUUGAUUGAUUAUUCCCACUCAUACUCACACACUUUUAUAUCGGCGGCAAUCUUUUUCCUCUCGGUACCAUGUUUACUGUUCGUCUUACUCGGCAUCACUCGAUACAAAAGGGGUCUAAGAGAUAUACCCGGUCCAUUUGUCGCCAGCGUUUUACCUCUCGACCGAAUCCUGACGACAUACUCCGGUCACCAAUUCGAGAAACAUUUGGCAUACCAUGAGAAGUACGGUCCGGUUGUUCGAGUAGGGCCCAACCAUGUCUCGUUUUCCGAUUCCGAUCAAAUAUCUGUGAUUUAUAACAUUACAUCCAAAUUCAACAAGAGCAAUUUCUACACACUCUUCCAUGCCAAAUCACCGGUCGGAAAUAUCCCCACCGUCUUUUCAAUCACGGACCCUCAAGGACAUAGGGACCUCAAGAGACCCGUCGGCGCGGCCUUCGCAUUGAGUGCUUUGUUGGAUCUGGAACCUCUGGCGGACGAGUGCACGGCCAUCCUUCAACGCAAACUCGACGGGUUGGAAGGUCAAAAUAUUGAUUUGGGCACCUGGCUCCAUUGGUACGCUUUCGACGUCAUCACCUACAUCACUUUCUCAAACUCGAUCGGGUUUUUGGAGAGGGAACGAGACGUCCAGGGCAUCAUCUCGGCCAUCGAGGGAAGGCUGGUCUACAACUCGAUCGUCGGUCAGGUUCCCAACAUGCACAAGUUCCUGUUGGGAAACAGCCUGAUAUCGAGAUUGGCGGACUUGAUACCUUCUCUGGCCCGACUGAAUUCGGCAAGGUACAUUGUCAAUUUUGCCGCCGCACAACUAUCUCGAAGACAAACCGCCGCGGCGGAGCACGGUAAAAAAGACAUCGUCGCUCGAUUCAAGAGGAGUAAAGAAGGGGGGGAACAGGUCAUUACGGAUAAAGAACUAUUGGGUCAUGCUUCUUCGAAUGUAUUCGCCGGUAGUGACACGACCGCCAUUUCGUUGAGGGCCAUGUUUUAUUACCUUUGCAAGAACCCGUCGACCUACGACAAACUCGUGGACGAGGUAUUGAUGUUUGACGCUAAAAAUGAACUGUCAGAGUACGUCACUUACGCCGAGGCACAACGGAUGCCUUACUUCCAGGCUUGCAUGAGGGAGGCACUCCGGAUGCAUCCUGCCGUGGGACAAUUGUUGGAGAGGAUCGUCCCCGUAGAAGGUGCCACGGUAUCCGGUCAUUUCUUACCCGGUGGGACCGUGGUAGGCAUGAACCCAUGGGUGGCCGCCAGAGACAAAAAUGUCUAUGGUGGAGAUGCCGACAAGUUUCGACCGGAACGAUGGUUGGAGGCUGAUGAGGCGACCCUAAAACUCAUGGAUAGGAAUUGGCUGGCUUUCGGUGCUGGUGCCAGAACAUGUCUGGGUAAAAACAUUUCAUUGAUGGAAAUGUCAAAAUUAGUACCUCAACUUCUCAGACGGUAUCAUGUUCAACUUGCUGACCCCAAAGCUGAAUGGACCCUACACGAUUAUUGGUUCGUGAGGCAGGAAGGGUUGAGGUGUGUUUUGACGAGACGAACGAGGACAGUAGACAGAGAAAAGACGGCAACACGGUAAUCAAGUGGAUGGGAUGAUGAUGCGGGCUGGACAAGGAGUCGUCCUUGGAGGAAAUACAGUUGCAAAAUCGUUUGGGGACGCAUAUGUAAGGGAUAUGAAA